GACGGUCAUUUAUGUACCUCCCCCUUCUGUAAUGGAAUGACCCAUCUUUCAUGAUUGCACAAUGAACCGUGAAACUUCACGCUGCAGUUUUCGUGCUACACCCGGAAGUAAACUAUUCGUACUUUUGUUCUCCUCGUUCAAGACAUUUUCAAGACAUUCUUGGGCAUCAACUUGACGGGAUUGUGACCAUAUCUUCAACAUUUUAGUCUCAGGAGCUCAGUGCUGCAGAAAGAGUGACGCCAGCAGCGUGCGGACAGCACAACCAUGUUUCACUUUAUCCUGUUUGCCUUGCUGUUUCAUCAGACGAUAUGCCAAACCACUGAUUGGGUCAGCCUGUUCGGAACGUAUUCCAAUCAACUACUUCCAAACAAUGACGACCUGACGCUCCGAGGUGUGUCCCUUGAAGAGUGUGCCAGAAGGUGUGUCGAGGAACCCGCCUUUGUCUGUCGGUCCUUCGAGUUCACAACUUCGACUUCUCCCCGAAUUUGUCAUCUUAGUAGAGAAAACAGAGCUUCUACAGGGACAAGUCUACGCAGUGCACCUGGGGUUUUCUAUUACGAAAAGACGGAAACCGUGGUGGAUACCGUCCUCAUCAACCAGUACCCGCUGGUGCCGUACCCGACUGCCGGGAGGACGUGGUGGACAUGUCGGAGCGUGCAAGCCAUUGAUGGAGGACCCCAGCAUGCUAGAUACUACUUUAAAUUGGAAUACGUUUACACCGUAGAUAAUAACAAUGGAUAUUUUACGGCAACACGAUCCACAAACACAGGGGUAGGGUUUGUACGAGUUGUCGUACCAAACAAUAACGGAGUGUCUAAUCUGCCGAUCGGAGUCUUUUCUUGCUCAGGAAAACAAGGUGACCGACUCUCCAAGGUGUCUACGGUCAAGAUGUCUGCACAAGCUCCCUUAAAGCCCACAUCAACGACCCUGACAGUGAACUUUGGGGAUCCCAUUAUACUGAUGACGUCAGAGACCGGUGGAAGUGGUGACGUUGUCUGGGAGAAACGCAGUGUAUCUAACGUGCUGAAUAACUGGCAAACGGUCGGGACCAGCUUAGACGUGACGUCACAAGCACAGGUGUCAGAUGAGGGAAACUACGUGUUCUACAGAGAGAAUGAACAAGACAGGGCAUUAGUCGGGAUCACACGUGUUAUUGUCAGGGAAUGUCCUGCUGGCAAGUAUGGAGUUCCGUCAUGUAUCUACGACUGUCCAGUCUGUUAUCAUGGUGGCUGGUGUGAUGACGUCAGCGGGGAAUGCGUGUGUCCGCCAGGGUUCAUGGGAAAGAACUGUGAAAUAGGGUGCAAUCGUAUCAACUACGGACAGAGCUGUCAGUGGGACUGUAACAAUGACGACAUCGCCGGCAACAACGCUAACCCGAACUGCGAGCGGGUGAUGCUGUGUCUCCCUGAUCCUUACGGCUGCUCCUGUGCCCGGGGAUGGAAGGGGCUAGACUGUCAAACACCAUGUGCAGGUGGUGAAUACGGAGCUGGCUGUACACAGCGGUGUGACUGUAAGAACGGUGGGACCUGUGACGUGAUAAAGGGGUGUGUCUGUGUGGGGGACUGGACUGGACCAUCAUGUGAAGACAAAAAGUUCAGGCUCGUAGUCGACCCACCUUCCCUACACAUCACAAAUGCCACCGGCACUGCUGACGUCACGGUCACGUGUUCCUGCCACCCCUGGGGAGAGGACGACUGUCCCGUACUAACUGUCCAACGCGUGGAUAAUGGGGAGGCACUUCAAAAUACGCGCAGCUUUCCAGACGAGGCCAACAGCCGCUGGAAAGCCCUUAGGCUCACCCCUCAACAGAAGUUAGCCACACUGAGGUUUGGCUGUAGCGCUGGCGAUGGUUCUGGGUAUCAAGACGCUGUGGAAUUUAGAGUUACAGGUAGUCGAUGA